GUAUCCGAGGUCUUAACUAGCUGCUUGUACCCUAAAAUAGAGCCUUCAUUCCUUGAGAAGAUGAUUCUCCCUAUCUUCCUCGUCUUUUCUCUCCUCUCCUCAACCUCAAAUGCUGCCUUGCAGGACUUUUGCGUUGCAGACCUCACAGGUCCAGACACUCCUACAGGCUUCGUUUGCAAGAAGCCGGCAGCGGUAACCGUGGAUGAUUUUGUUUUCUCGGGCCUAGGUGUUGGUGGCAACACCUCAAACAUCAUCAAAGCCGCUGUGACACCAGCAUUUGCUGACAAAUUCGCAGGUGUAAAUGGCCUUGGAAUUUCCAUGGCUCGUUUGGACUUGGCAGUAGGUGGAGUUGUUCCAAUGCACACACACCCAGGAGGCUCAGAAGUUCUAAUCGUCGUCUCUGGGUCAAUCUGUGCUGGGUUCAUUUCCUCAGACAAUAAAGUUUACCUUAAGUCUCUUAAGAAGGGAGACAUAAUGGCUUUCCCUCGAGGUUUACUGCACUUCCAGAUAAAUGCAGGUGGGGCUCCUGCACUAGCAUUUGUUAGCUUCAGUAGUGAAAGACCAGGUCUCCAGAUUCUAGACUUUGCUCUCUUUGCAAACGAUUUGCCUUCUGAAAUUAUAGAGACGACAACAUUCCUCGAUGACGCUCAGGUUAAGAAACUUAAGGGUGUUCUUGGAGGCACUGGUUAAACACUGGGUCGAGCUCUCUCUUCCAAGAAAAACGACUUAAUUAAACAUCGAUCUAGAUAGAUGUACUUCCUCGUUCAUGCUAGCUGUUGCUCUCUUUUAAUUUGCUUUUCCAUGAAAGGGUCUCUAUGACAAGAUUCUCCUAGUCCGUUUUAGUGUUUUUUGUACUUGAUUCUCCAUGUUGAAUUAUUCUCUAAUAAUUUAACUGGAAAAUUCGACAAA